CGACGUUCCCACAACAUGGUGAAAAGCUCUCCCCGAAAGGCAGGUCUAUUCUUCCGCGGAGGGCGGGGUGGAUGGCCUCCGGGAAAAGUCCGGAUAGUGAGUGUCCAAUAUCCGCCGGAAGGUCUCACGCGGGAUGCCCAGCUUGGAGGGGAUUUGCUGGACCGGGACAUUGGCCGCGAUGAGCUCGCCCACCCGGGCCACUUGGACCGCCUGCCGGGCUGGGGUCCGCGGCGGCCGCGCAGGCAGGUACGAGGGAAAGUGCCGGGCCAGGAGCUGUGUGACCUCUCUCCUGGGCAGGUCGGCAGCGGUGGCCAACUCGGCCACCGACAGGCCUGGGCCCUGAUGCUGCAUGACGGCCUCCAGGCGCUCGAGCCUGCCCGGAGCAGGGGACGGGGCUGCUGGCUCCCGGCCGAUGGGGGCCUCGUGCGCCGCCGCCGCCGCGGCUGGCCCGGCCGCCAGGUCGUGGCCCGGCUCCGGGGGGUGCGCUGACGAGGCAGACGUCGGCGCGGGCGCCGGCGGUGCCUCGGCCGAAGGCGACGUGUCCGGGACCGGCGGCGGCGGCGGCGUCGCCGGGGGAGCGGCGUCCUCCCCGGCCGAUGCCGCGCGCGUGGCCGCGAGCCGAGCCAACAUCCGGGAGACGGUGGACACCGAAACAUUGAGCCUCUGGGCCAGCUCCCGCUGGGUGGGCGGAGGAUCGGCCCGGGCGGCCAGGAUGGCGAGCAGCUCCUUCUGCCGGUUCUGCAUGCGGCCCAGCCGGCGAGAGUAUGUCGGAAAGUGCCGGGCAAUCAGCGCCACCAGGGUCUCCUGCUUGAUGUCCAGCCGCCGGGCCAGGUCCUUGUCCGAGAGGUUGGGCUCGUUGAUGAGGAGGGCGCCCAGCUGGUCGAUGAGCCCCUGGCGCCAGGCGGCCCGCCGGUCGAAGUACUCCGGGCAAAGGCGGUUCAGGUGGGAGAAGCACGUCGACACCGGGAUGCCAAGCAUGGCCGCCAGCUCGACCCCGCUCUUGGAGGGGUUCGCCAGGGCCACAUGGCGGAAGCGCUUGGCGUAGGCAUCCGAAAGGCGGAAGUGCGUGGGCCUCUUGAGGAGGUCCUGCAAGUUGCUGUCCCCCAGGAGGCGGGCCAAUUUCUUGGGCGACACCCGGGGCCGGAUGUUGGGCAGAUGCCGUAGGCACCAUGCCCGCUCAUGCGGCGACAGGGGGAUGGCCUCCAAGGAGGGAUGCAGGGCGACAAAGUCCAGCACUUGAGACAUGAAGGCCGGGAGCUGGUCCUUGCUCGGGCCCUCGGGCAGCAUGGCCAGCUGGCCGGCCGUCAGGCGAAAGGGCAUAUCCGGGUGGCAAAGGAUCAUCAAGCACCGGUGGGAAACCGCCCUCUCCCAAUCAUCGCCGGUGGUGGGGGUGGUGGGGGCGGUGGUGGAGAAAAACCCGGAGGCGCGUUCGCCGGCACAGGGCGCG